AUGUGGGGAGUGGCGGGUCUAUGUCGCGGUUUCCUUUCAGUUUUCUGCCAUGCAGAAUGUCAUGGAAAAGAGGCAUUCACGGAGCUGUUAGACUCUCGGCAUGACGUUUCGCAACGGACGCGAGGAUUGAUUACAGUAUCCAAUCACAUCAGUGUAAUGGAUGACCCAUUACUAUGGGGUAUUUUACCUCCGCGAUUUUGGAAUAAGCGGUGGUCUUUCGGGAGCUACGAUAUUUGUUACCAGACAAGACCACUGUCACUCUUCUUCACUAUGGGACAGGUCCUACCCACCCACCGUUCCGCACACUCUGCAUUCGGUGGCCUAGCCCAACCCGCUAUGACCGAGGCUAUUCGUUUGUUAUCGAAGGGUCCUUUCCCCGUUGAUCACCACCGCGCCAUACCUGAACGUCAACGCUGGAGCUGGCACAACGUCUGUGUCGAUCCCUUCUCGGACCUCUCAGUUGCCUACACAACCGAUGGCAAGGACUCACACCUCGCACCUACCGCAUACUCCUGCAACUCGAAUUCGUGGGUUCAUAUUUUCCCCGAAGGCAAGAUUCACCAGUCCCCACGAAAGACCAUGCGCUAUUUCAAGUGGGGAAUCGCAAGGCUCAUCCUAGAACCCAAAGAGUGUCCGGAUGUGGUUCCAAUGUGGAUUGAAGGUUUCGAUAAUGUCAUGCACGAGAGUCGCGAAUUCCCGCGAUUCCUUCCUCGACCUGGUAAAGAUGUUAGCGUUACCUUUGGCUCCAAGGUGGACUCGGAUGCUGUAUUCGGGGAAAUGAGAUCUCGGUGGCAGAAGUUGAAAGCGAAGGUCGAAAAGACCUAUCCCGAUUCCCGAGAUCUGCCCCUGGGUGUGCUAAGUGAUGAACUGUUGAAUGAUAAAGAAGCUAUCGAGCUGCGCAAAGAGGUCACCUUGAAGAUCCGGAACCUUGUCUUGGAUGUUCGCCGGUCGCGCGGACUGCCCGAUGAGGAUCCAAAAGAAGGCUUGGUGGAUACCUGGCUGGAGGAGGGUGCUAAGCGUGAGGGCCAUAUGAAGGACGAUUCCUGGGUUCGGGAUAUUUGA